AGCCGCACCACAGGCAGGAAUACGUUCAUCUGCACGGGGGAGCACUGGAGAGGACACUGAAUCUGUACAUAUUAGAAGAUUACCGCUGGUCAGGGAUUUUUCUGCUCAAGCUGAGAAGGUCCAGCUAUAAAGAAAGCCUGUGGCUGAAUAUGAGAAGAUAUGAGACGGGUGGUGCGGCAAAGUAAGUUCCGGCACGUGUUCGGCCAGGCGGUGAAGAACGAUCAGUGCUAUGAUGACAUCAGGGUGUCCCGGGUUACGUGGGACAGCGCCUUUUGCGCAGUCAACCCCAGAUUUGUUGCCAUCAUCGUGGAGGCCAGUGGUGGUGGAGCGUUCAUGGUUCUGCCUCUUAACAAGACGGGUCGUAUAGAUAAGUCCUACCCGACGGUAUGUGGACACACAGGGCCUGUGUUGGACAUCGACUGGUGUCCUCACAACGAUCAGGUGAUUGCCAGCGGCUCAGAGGACUGCACCAUCAUGGUUUGGCAGAUCCCCGAGAACGGUUUGGUGACCCCUAUGUCAGAGCCUGUGGUGGUACUUGAGGGACACUCCAAAAGGGUGGGCAUUAUCACUUGGCACCCGACAGCCCGCAACAUUCUGCUCAGUGCUGGAUGUGAUAAUAUGAUCAUGAUCUGGAACGUGGGUGUGGGUGAAGCGCUCAUCACGCUGGAGGACAUGCACCCAGAUGUAAUCUUUAGCGCUUGCUGGAAUCGCAACGGCAGCCUCAUCUGCACGGCCUGCAAGGACAAGAAAGUGCGCGUUAUUGACCCACGCAAGGGGGAGAUUGUUGCGGAGAGGGAUAAGGCCCAUGAGGGUGCAAGACCCAUGAGAGCCAUCUUCCUGUCUGACGGGAAUGUCUUCACCACUGGCUUCAGCCGCAUGAGCGAGAGGCAGCUCGCACUCUGGAACCCGCAAAACAUGGAGGAGCCGAUUACAGUCCACGAAAUGGACACGAGCAACGGAGUCCUCCUGCCUUUUUAUGACCCUGACACCAACGUGGUGUACCUGUGUGGAAAGGGUGACAGCAGCAUCCGUUACUUUGAGAUCACUGACGAGGCACCGUAUGUGCAUUAUCUCAACACAUUUUCCAGCAAGGAGCCGCAGAGGGGGAUGGGAUACAUGCCCAAAAGAGGCCUGGACGUCAACAAGUGUGAGAUUGCCAGAUUUUACAAGCUGCAUGAGAGGAAGUGUGAGCCUAUCAUCAUGACAGUGCCAAGAAAGUCGGACCUGUUCCAGGACGAUCUGUAUCCUGACACGGCAGGACCUGAUUGUGCCAUUGAGGGCGAGGACUGGUUUGAGGGCAAAAAUGGGGAACCUAUCCUGAUCUCGCUCAAGGACGGCUACAUCCCAGCCAAGAACCGUGAUCUCAAGGUGGUCAAGAAGAACAUUCUGGACAACAAGCCGAAGCCCAGCAAGAAUGCAGAGAACAAUGCCACUGCUCCUGCCCCCAAAACGGCCAGCACAGCCCCGAGUGUCAAAAGUGACCCCAAAUUGGAUGAGGUCCUGAAAGAGAUCAAAUCCCUCCGAGAGCUGGUGAGCAGUCAGGAAAAGCGAAUCGCCAAGCUUGAGGAGCAGUUGUCCCAGAUGGACGUCUGAAGGACCCAGUCCCCUGUUCCCCCGCCCCUCCCCAGCAACUUUUCAGGAAAUUCUAUUGGCCAGGUGGGCGGGACUAGUCACUGCCAGUUACUGGGACUUUUUUCCGCCUGAGACCUGCCCAACAUUCCAAGACGGACACCCCCCCGCCCCCCCAAAUUGAUUUAUACUUUUCCUUUCUUUUUUUUUUUUUUAAACCCUUCAACCAGGUACAUUUACAAAACUACAGCAGGAAAGAGACUAAGCAUAGAUCUCUCAAAAGCCAAGGUUUUUUUCUUUUUUUUUCUUUAAACUAAACCUUGUUCCGAAAGUGACACUUGUAAUGUUUAGUGUUUUUCGAAAGGUGUUAAGCAUUCUUUCUUUUCUUAUAGUACAUAAAAAGAAAUUGUGACCAAUAUUCCAAUGUGAAGCAUUCGCCAAACUUGUGUAUGCUCAGAUAUUGAAACCAGUAUUGUAUUCCUCCCCAUCCCUUCUUCUUUGUUGCCAAAUUUUUAGAGGAAGCUUAUAUGGGCCUCCUUGACAGUAUUUGAUCAUAGUUUUUUUUUUUCAUUUUUUUUUUUUUAUUUUAAAUACACUUAGUCCACAUUGUACAAAAAGGGACAUUGCAAUAGGCUGGUAACGCAAGUGAGGGGAUUUAUUUGAUUUCUUCGACCCUUUAAAAGCUCUACAAGAAAUAUUCCUGUGUUGAUGCUGAUUUUAACCAAGCAGGCUGGAUGUACAGAUUGACAGAGGAAAGCGACAGAGGAAACCAACAUCCACAUACUGACACGGUUUUAUAUUUAGCUUGAACUUUUUUCAGAAUUCUGUUUAACGUGAACAUUUAGAGCCUUUUUUUGUUUGGAAAUGGUUUGUAUAGUGGUGUAACUUUUCAGCAUUAUCCGUGAACACUGAACACAGUGUCUCACCGACGCUUGUCUGAUUUUUCUCAUCAUUCCAAACUCUUCCCUUUCCUCCCCAGAAUUAGUAUCCUAUCCUUAUUCUAAAUGCAUGCAAUAACGUUUUUUUUGAACACAUUCCCGAAUCCCCCCUCCACCCGCAUCUCAUUUUGUGUCUUUGGUAAUAUAGUUGAGUCUAAUGUUGUUCCACAUGAUGGUCCAUGUUUAAAAUAUCCAGAAGGCCCCCCCCCACCCCCCAUGUUGAUGUGAUAUUUGAACAUCCUGUUAGCCAUCUUAGCAUUGUUUAUCAUGCCACCUUUUCCUUCUUUCGUUUUUCUUUUCUGAACAAAGUAUUUACAGUUCUAACUCCAAAAUGAAUCUCAUAAGACUAUGUAACUUCCCGGACAUGUAGUUCCUCAACAUGCUUCAGCGCAUCUUGAUCUCUAGGCUGAUGCCUUUGCCCUACUCUUCUAUACUUCCUGUUUCUGUUGUGCAGGAAGUAGUGACUGCCCUGCUCUCUUAACCAUGCAAAACUGGCUCUUGCUUUGGGUGUAGCUCAAAUUUGUCUAGACUGCGUCCUAUUCUAUAAAUGAAGAGUAAACUCUGACUCAGGUUAAGAAAUGCUUAAUGGGUAAGGUGCUUCGGGGUCAGGGGAAUAAAACGGUGCCUUCACACUUGCCUUUUUUUCCCCCAUCAGAAAAAGUCCAUAUCUCACUAUACAUGCUUUGUAGUAUGAAGUUGUUCAUAUUAUUGGUAAAAAUGUAUGAGAUUAAGAUGAUCAGGAGGAUGUUUGCCAUUGAAUAAAAAAAAAAAAAUCAAGGGAAAUUGAGAAUAACAGCUUAUGUUUGUUAUAUUGGAAUUUUGAUGAUGAAAUUUUCCACUCGUAACAUCCUAUCAACUAAAUUUUCACUAAGUUCUACCUUGUGAUCUGAUUGAUUGAGUUUUUUAAAGGGAUUUUUGGAAGCUCACAAAAAAUCCUAAUGGUUGAGGGGGAAAAAACACCAAGCGUGAAAUCACUAUAAGAACGUUUCUGUUGUAAUUCAUGUGAUUACCUCAGUGUACAGCUCCUGCUACCUUUUUUUCCCGUUUUGGUCUUUGGGCUCUUCUUUCUGGAACUGAGAUGUGUUCACGGGUGUCUUAGAUCCUCUUUAUUGUUGCUCACACCACCUACAAAAUGUACAGUACCUUUUUGUCUUAUUGUCCCUUCAUCAACACUGUUUUAGUUAAGAUUUUAGAAGGGAUUUUGUUGAGUCAAGAGCUUUAUUUACAUGUGAUAAUGGGGGUAAGGUUCUGGAAGAAUAGAUGUGCCAUUUUUUUGAUACGCUAGCUAGUGUUUUUUGUUGUUUUAGAGAAUGGUGGAUGCAUGCAUGAAAGAGUGAAAAGAUUUACUGUUAAAAGUCUGAAUUGGUAGAACAACUUUGGAGGGCAAGCACGGUAGAGUUUGAGCCUGAUUUAGUGUUUGUAGCAACGUAUAGAAUUGAAAUUUUGAACCCUUUUUAUACCGUUGAUUUGAUUUCUCAAAUCCGAUUGGUCAGGAGGUGAAACUUCAUCAUUUGUCAUUCAUUAUUAAAUAAAUAAAGUUUGUGUUGCUAAA